AUGGGAGGAAAGGUGGAUUUCUUUGUCAACAAAACAAAGGGACCUAAAACAUUCAGAUUGUCUGGGCAAAAUUAUCACCAGAUUGGAAGCUUAUUGCCUCCGGAGGGAUCUUCUCCAAAAUUUGCACAAUUGUAUAUCUAUGAAACAGAAAAUGAGGUGGAAAAUAGAAUUCAUGCUAUCAGACAUAAAUUGUUAGUUGAAUUCAAUAUUUUUCUUUACAACCGUGGUGAAAUGAACAAUCAACUUCAUGCUGAAAUUGUGAAUGAGUUGAAGCAAAUGCUUGAUGACAACAAUGUUCUUGCAAAGUCAUUUAGAAUGGUAAGAGAUCAAUUUCAAACAGAUGAGACCUCAAAUGUUAGACUUAGACUGAUUGGGAAAAGAGGAUCUGAUGGAAGAAGAUACAAUUUACCAACAGUUUCAGAGGUAGCUGCUUUGAUUGUUGGAGAUUUUGAACAAACAAGGUCUGACAGAGAUAUCAUAGUUGAAAGCCAAUCUGGACAACUACAAAGGAUAAAUGAAUUAAAUGCAGCAUACUUAGGUUUGCAAUAUCCAUUGCUAUUUCCAUAUGGUGAAGAUGGAUACCGAGAAGAUAUUCCUUUAAACGAUAUUGAUGAUUCAACCGGUGGAAGGAAAUGUGUUAGCACGCGUGAGUACUUAUCAUAUAAAAUUCAAGAAAGGAAGGAUGAAGAUCCAACAAUUGUGUCAGCUAGAAGAUUAUUUCAGCAAUUCUUGGUAGAUGGUUAUACAAUGAUGGAAUCUUCUCGAUUGAGGUUCAUUAGGCUUCAUCAAAAACAAUUGAGAGCACACUUUUAUAAAGGGUUACAAGAUGCUAUUUUACAUGGGGACAUAGAACCUUCUUCUCAAGGACAAAGAGUUAUACUCUCUUCCAGCUUUACGGGAGGUGCACGUUACAUGUUGCAAAAUUAUCAAGAUGCCAUGGCAAUUUGCAAAUGGGCGGGGUACCCUGAUCUGUUCAUAACUUUUACUUGCAACCCAAAAUGGCCAGAGAUUACUAGAUUUGUGGAGAGUAGGGGAUUAUCUCCAGAAGAUCGUCCCGACAUUUUAACAAGGGUUUUCAAAAUCAAGCUGGAUCGCAUGAUAUAG